GUCUGUAUGCACCUCUCUAUUAGACAAAGAAUGAAUGAGCAAACGAAUUGGUCAGUCAAUUGAGGGAAAUUAAAAAUAGCCAUGGAUCAACAGCAGGAGAGAGCGGGAGCUCAGGUGCCACCGGCUGGCGAUUCCUCAGCCAUUCUCUCAGUGUUCCUCGCUUUCAUCGGUAUAUUUGCCAUGAUAUUGAUUCCAUCAGCUUCAAAUAUCAAUAGUAGUUUAUCCAUUUUGCACCAAGUCCCAGAAGGCCAUGUUGGGGUAUACUGGAGAGGGGGUGCUCUUCUAGAUACAAUUACUGGUCCAGGUUUCCAUCUGAAGUUGCCUUUGAUAACCCAGUAUGAGCCUGUUCAAGUAACCCUUCAGACUGAUCAGGUGACUGACAUUCCUUGUGGGACCAAAGGUGGUGUCAUGAUCAACUUUGAGAAGAUAGAAGUUGUUAAUCGGCUUCGUAAGGAAUAUGUGUAUGAGACACUGCAUGACUAUGGUGUGCAAUAUGACAAGACUUGGAUAUAUGACAAGAUUCAUCAUGAGAUCAAUCAGUUCUGCAGCUCUCAUUCUCUUCAACAAGUCUAUAUUGAUGUGUUUGAUCAGAUUGAUGAAAAGAUGAAAGAUGCUCUUCAGGUUGACUGCACACAAUAUGCUCCAGGCAUUGAAAUUAUCAGUGUGCGUGUCACAAAGCCUACUAUUCCAGAUAGUAUUAGACAGAAUUUUGAACAGAUGGAAGAGGAACGGACUAAGGUGUUAAUUGCAAUUGAGAGACAGAAAGUGGCGGAGAAAGAGGCUGAGACAGACAAGAAGAUGGCCAUAAGUGAAGCAGAAAAGAAUUCCAAUGUUAGCAAGAUCCUCAUGGAGCAGAAGUUGAUGGAGAGGGAAAGUGCCAGGAGGCAGGAAGAAAUUGAAAACCAAAUGUACUUGGCUCGUCAAAAGAGCUUGUCAGAUGCUGAUUUCUACCGCUUAAUGAAAGAAGCUGAAGCAAACGAGUUAAUGCUUACUCCCCAAUAUCUUGAGCUUAAAUUUAUUGAGGCCAUAGCUGAUAAUACAAAAAUUUUCUUUGGCGACAAGGUACCCAGUAUGAUUUUUGAUCAGAGACUGCUAGGAAGCUUCCUUCAAGAGGUCUCCAAAAAUAUAUCUAGGGAGAUCAGAGCAGCCGCUUAAAUUCUAAUUAGUGUAUAUUAUAAUAUAAGUUGGUGAGGAAACUGCCACAAAACAAGAAGAACGGAUUGAUUUGUUUCCCAAUCUACAUUUUGCCUUUGGUAGGGGCAAUCACUGUUUUUCUUGGCCACCAGUUGCAGGGGUUGCCAAUCCGUUGAAUGAAUUCCAACUGUUUACUGCAAAAACCAUGCAAUUACAGUUACAGGUGUCUAUCAGUCAUGAUAUAUAUGCUUGUUUUUAUUCCCA